CAUCGAUCCAGCCAGGUAAAUCAUGGCUAAAAAUAAAGGGAAACGCUCUUCUAGAGCAAACACCGAUAUUCCAAACGGAGGAGUUUCUCUUAAUAACGAGUCCAAUAAUACUGGCGGCGCCGAUGCCUUGCCCAAGUUGGACGAGAGUGCCUUUGCGGGUCUCAGACAGAAAAUCGAACAGAGAUUGAAGAGCGAAAACGAAUCGAAACAACGGAAAUUGAAUAAUAACAAUAAGUCCAAGAAAGAUGCCGACAAGGAUCCUUCAAAGAAGAAAAAUGAAGAUAGCAAGAAGCCGGGAUCGAAAGAGGAUUCUACGAAGGGAAAAAAACGAGACCGCAACGGCGAGGUGAUCGCUAGGGAAGACAAAAACAAUGACAGAAAGGGCCAAUCGACAUCGAAAGAUGGGAAUGAAGAUGAUGACCUACGUCGGGAAAUUCUGGCGCUUGGCGGUACUGAAGAGGAUUUCGAUCUUCUUGCGAAUGUCGAUUCCGAAUCUGAAGUGGAGGCUGCAACAGAUGCUUCGGUCAAAUCGAAGAACAAGACUGAUGAAACUUCGCUGCGGAAUGAACUAGCGAAGAUUCUGGAGGCUGCUGGUCAUGUUGUUCCUGACGAUGUGGAAGAUGAAGAUGAGAACGACGAUGAAGAUAACGCCGAAGACGAAGAUGAAAGCGCCGAAUAUAGCAGCGAGGCUGGUGGAAGUACAGAAGAUAACAUCUCGGACGUGGAGGAAGAGGUCCCAUCUGUGGCAGCUCCGAAGGCUGCCAACGAGCCGGCUCAGAAAAAGAAAGCAGCGAAAGAAUCCACACCCGAACCCGUUCUUCCUAAGGAAUAUUUAAAACUUGCAGUUCGUCCAAGACCAGAUUGGAACUCGAAUCCUCUUUCACCAAUCUCAUCUUCUUCCAAGCCAGGGAGUACACUACCGCGCUAUCUAGUAGAUCGUGUUCAUCAGCUAGCUAUCUCGCUGUUGGAAACGGAAAAUAAAAUGUACUCAGAGGCACAGCAAGCCUCAUCCUCUUCUGCCCAGAAAUUCUACUCCACCGUCAUGUCGUCUGGAACACUUAGUGACAAAAUUUCCGCAUUGACUCUUGCCGUGCAAGAAUCGCCAUUACACAACACAAAAUCGUUGGAAAUACUCAUCGGUCUUGGAAAAAAGCGGAGUCGGGCGCAAGCAGUUGAGGUUCUGAGAUCCCUCAAGGAUAUGUUCUCACAAGGAACCAUUCUCCCCAGUGACCGUAGGCUGAGGUCUUUCACGAAUCAACCGUCUCUUGUGGCUGCGUUCCAAGGAGUUAGCAGCAAAUGGUCGGAGAGAGAUCCGCUUCCUGGUGGUUUACAAAAGGCUCAUCUCAUCGUCUGGGCUUUCGAACACUUCCUCAAGGACCAGUACUUCGAGGUUCUCAAGAUCCUAGAGGUCUGGUGCAAUGAUGAGAUAGAGUUUUCCCGGUCCAGAGCAGUGAGCUACGUCUACGAGCUGCUCAAAGAAAAGCCUGAACAAGAAGCGAACCUUCUACGGCUCCUUGUGAACAAACUUGGUGACAGGAGCAAGAAGAUCGCUUCGCGGGCUUCUUAUCUGCUCCUGCAGCUUGAGCAAGCGCAUCCGUUGAUGAAACCGACUAUAAUCUCUGCGGUCGAGGAGCUGCUUUUCCGGCCUGGUCAAAGCCAGCACGCCAAAUAUUACGCUAUCAUCACUCUAAACCAGACAAUUCUGAGCCUCAAGGAAGAGAAGAUCGCUGUGCAGUUGCUUGAUAUCUACUUUUCGCUCUUUGUUAUUCUCCUUAAGCCGGCCAAGGAUGAGAAAGCUGGAGCGGGCAACAAGAAGCAUGGUAAAUUUGCUAAAGGCAGAAAAAACCAAGCGACAAAAGAUUCGGCAAAAGGCCAGAGUCCGGAAGAAGAGAUGCGUGACAAGCUCAUAUCGGGAGUUUUGACAGGCGUUAAUCGGGCCUACCCCUUUACGAACUCUGACAGCGAACGUCUAUCGAAGCAUAUCGAUACGUUAUUCCGCAUUACGCACUCUUCUAAUUUCAACACCAGCAUCCAAGCACUGUUGUUGAUCCAGCAGCUCACUUCGUCGCAUCAAGUCGCUGCUGAUCGCUUUUAUCGGACUCUGUAUGAGUCGCUUCUUGACCCGCGCGUUGCGACAUCGUCUAAACAGGCGCUCUAUCUCAAUCUUCUUUACAAAGCAUUGAAGAACGAUUUGAAUGUACGCCGUGUCAAGGCAUUUGUCAAACGUAUCGUCCAAAUUCUUGGCCUGCAUCAACCAUCCUUCAUUUGCGGUAUCUUUUACCUGAUCCGCGAGUUGGAGAAGACAUUUUCUGGUCUGCAAUCGUUGUUCGAUCAACCCGAGGAUGAUGAUAGUGACGAAGAGGUCUUUAAGGACGUUCCUGACGAGGAUGACGAAAGGCAAGAGCAAACUGAAGUGUCCCAGACGAAGCCUCGAAAACCUUCCAACGGCUAUGAUCCUCGCAAGAGGGAUCCCGAACAUAGUAACGCGGACAAGACGUGUCUUUGGGAAUUAGUAAGUUCAAAUUCUUGUCUCUUCGUAGGAAAUCUUUUCCAGAACAUAAACACUAACUACCUGACUAUAGCUACCCUACCAGUCUCAUUUCCAUCCAUCAGUAUCCGUGAACGCGACUCGUCUUCUCCAGCAUGAGACGAUGAGCGGCAAGCCAGACAUGACAUUGCACACUCUCACGCACUUCCUAGACCGCUUCGUCUACCGAGCACCUAAGGCAUCUGCUCCCGUGAGAGGAGCUUCGCUCAUGCAGCCUCUUGCGGGCGGUGACACGAGCGAUCGGCUAGUAGCAACUGGUAAGGGCGGACAGCAGGCACCAGUGAAUACGGAGGAGUUCUGGAGGAAGAAGUCAGAUGAAGUUGCGGUGGAGGAUGCCUUCUUCCACGAAUACUUCAGUCGGGUCGGAAAAGAUACGGCAGGAAAGGAGAAGAAGACGAAGAAGUCCGAGAAGGAUCCUGUGGACAGGGAUGAAGAAGUGGGCGAGGAUGAUGAAUCUGAGAUCUGGAAAGCGCUUGUCGAAUCCCGACCGGAACUGGAAGCGGAUGAGGACAGCGAUGAUGAUCUCGACAUGGACGACCUCGAGUCGGCAUUUGAUGAGGAAGGAGGCGACGACGAGGGCGUUAUUUUCAAUGACGAAUCCGAUGAGGAGCUGGAAGGCUUUUCCGAGGAGGGAGAGGAAGAGGAAGAGGAAGAGAAUGAAGCCGAAGCCAAACAGCCGCCGGCAUCGGAAUCCAAGUCUAAAUCCAAGAGAGCAGCCCAGGCUGAAUCGGAUGAGGAUGACGUUUUCGAUAUGGACGUUUCAGACGAAGAGGCAUUCGUCGAUAGUGACGAGGAAGUUCCUCUGGAUAUUGAUAUGGAUAUGGAUGGUGGAGUGGAACUCCCCAAGGACGAUGAAGACCAGUCGGGACGGAAGAAGAGACGCAAGCUCAAGCAUCUACCUAUGUUUGCUUCCGCGGAUGAUUAUGCGGCAUUGCUGGCGGGAGAGGAUGAUGGGCUGUGAAGGGAUAGUUCCUAACUACCUAGUAGGUAGGAUGCAUAUAGCAUUCAUUGUUACAUAUAUGUUCCUAGUACGGUUAAGUUGUUCUAUUCCAAGUUCUAUGUAGAAGCUUGUGGGUUGGGAUUGAUGGAAAAAGUCUCAGAACCUUGGAAAUCAAUCUUGGUUGUAUAGCUAUGAGGUGGUAUGUGGCAAUAUAGGGCAUGCUACGGUAGUUC